AACAAGCGCAGUGCAUGCACGUUUCAGUUCCCUUGCUGUCUAUGCAGGGUCAGAAAGCUCCUGGAUUUCAUCAGAAAUAUCUUCAUUUGUGUUCUGAAAAUGAACGUGGAUCCUACGGUUUGAAACGACAUGAGAUGAGAAUAGCUGUUCAUCAGUAUGACGUAACGAGGAGGCGGGUCGCGCCCACGUGACACCGCUGCAGCUCGAGCGACAGAACCGAAUCACCGGACAACGCGGCUCCGUUUACCGGCCCAGCGCGAUCUUCCGCCUCCCGUGACGCGUUCCAGCAGCGGCAGCAUCAUGUCGGCGGUGCAGCGGAUGAAAGUAGCGAACGAGAAACACAGCAAGACGAUCACACAGAGAGGGCACGUGCAGAAAACCACGCGUGUGGUGAAUGAGGAGAAGUCUCCGGUGGGGCCGUGGCUCCUCGCGCUCUUUGUGUUCGUGGUCUGUGGAUCAGCCAUCUUCCAGAUCAUCCAGAGCAUCAGGCAGGGCAUGUGAGCCGUCCGUCUGAGACGCUGAACACUUCACUCCUUCUGUUCAUCUCUCAGCUGAUUCUAACUCGUGUGUGUGUGUGUGUGUGUGUGUGUGUGUGUGUGUGUGUGUGUGUGUGUGAGAGAGAGGAGAAUGUUCUGGACUCUCUCGCGGUUCCUCCUCAGGUGGUGUUUGCUUUUAUUCGCUGUCUUCACACACGAUGCUCUGAUUUGAUCUUAUAUCUGCUGAAUGGUGUCAGUGAUGAGGUGUUGUCUGAACUGUGUGUGAAUCAGACGUAUCUUCCUCCCUCUGACGUUAAAUUAAUGCUGUGUAAUAAUGAUUUUAUACAAAUAAAAGGUAUUUUCUCUA